AUGGGUUGUAUCUGCUACAUUGCCUCUUCUCCUCCUUCUUCUUCCAGGAGACGCAGCGUUUGCUUGCGGAGCCGGUCCCUGGCAUAAAAGCAGAGCCGGAUGAAAGCAAUGCACGUUACUUUCAUGUGGUCAUUGCAGGCCCACAGGAUUCCCCCUUUGAGGGUGGGACAUUUAAACUUGAACUAUUUCUCCCCGAAGAAUAUCCCAUGGCAGCUCCUAAAGUACGUUUCAUGACCAAAAUUUACCAUCCCAAUGUAGACAAGCUGGGAAGAAUAUGUUUAGAUAUUUUGAAAGAUAAAUGGUCCCCAGCUUUGCAGAUCCGCACAGUUCUGCUCUCAAUCCAGGCUUUGUUAAGUGCUCCUAAUCCAGAUGAUCCAUUAGCAAAUGAUGUAGCGGAGCAAUGGAAGACCAAUGAAGCCCAAGCCAUAGAAACAGCGAGAGCAUGGACUAGGCUAUAUGCCAUGAAUAAUAUUUAAAUGCGCUUUGAAAAUGGAGUGUGCAUCCCUUCUGCCAAGACCUCUUCCUUUUUUGUUUGCAUUUAAUGGACACAGUCUUAGAAACAUUACAGAAUAAAAGCCCAGGCAUCUUCAGUCCCUUGGUGAUUAAAUGCACAUUAGCAAAUCUGUGUCUUGUCCUAAUUCACUGUUGUACCGCAUGAGCAGAGGCUAGAAGUAUCAUCCGGAUUGUUGUGUGAAGUUGUUUGAAAGCAGCAGCACAUCUCUGCUUUGAAUCAUUUUUCCCAUGGUUUAAGUAUAAGCACUGUGAAUGAAGGUAGGCAGGGUUAGCUGCGGGGCUUUUCGUUUUAAUUUUGUGGGCUCCUCCUCCCUUUUUAUGGUGAUGCUAAUUGCAUUGGUAAAAGCAGCUAACGAGUUAUACUUUAGAAUAUACCCUCUAGCCCAGUCUAACUUAGACACUGUAGAUGGACAAGCUUCGUUGUUUGAACAAAACCCGGGAACAUUAAACAUCCGUCACCUUCACUAAUAAUAUUGUGAUUCUGCUGUUGAGUGUAGAAAAAAAAAUCCCUCCAAGAAGAAGCUUGUGACCAUUUUGUAUGGCUUAUCUGGAAAAUCUGUAAAUCUUAUUUAGUAAAAUAUUUUUUGUUAUUCUA